AUUGAGAAUACACUUAGUGAACCUAAUGUUGCGUUGAAAUUGAAGACCAAUGAUAAAGAAUCAAUUGAUAAUGCACUGGCAGAAGCACUUGAAUUUCUUGAUCUUGCAAAUGAGGCAUCAGUUGGAAAAGAUGAUAUAAAUGCUGCACGAAAAAAAUUACAGCGUACAGUUACACGUGCAUUUGCAUCUCUGAAUCGUUAA